CGAACCAAACCGUUGCUAUAUUAAAGGCUGUUCUUUCUGCCGCUGAAAUUGAAAAUACGCCGUUAAAAACGUAACAGUUGUGCCGCCAGACCGCGGCCAAUCGAUAACACAAUUAAAGUACAGCCGUGGGGAAUCUCACCGCACUACCCCUGUCCGCUUAAAUAAAAAUAAACCUCUACCAACUAGUUUACACACCACACUGCCUUUCACCGUGUGUGUGUGUGUGUGUGUGUUCAGGCGUGCGAGUGUCACCAGAUCUUUGGGAAGCAUACAGCGUGACCUAGAGUGUUCAGGAAAUAUUCGCUGGUCCUGUCAUUGGUGGGGCGCCUUUCUCCGGUCACAGAAGCGGAAUAUUUUCUUGAGUCACGCGAACAAGGAAGAUAAAAACAGCCCAAGUGGACUUACAGAUUGAAGACAAUGCUCCAGAUUUGAACUGUUAAAAUAAGAUACAAGUGACCAGUGCUAACGUUCGACACCAUCCUCUACCAUGGGUCUGCUGGAUGUCGUAGACCUAAACUUUAUUAUCCUGGUCAGAUUGGCCGCGUACAGUGUACUGGUAUUCUUUAGUUUCUUCAUCUUUGUCGGCGUGGCUGUCAUGAAGGAUAACGUUGGUGGAUUUUGUCCUCUAUACCAUCCAGGUCCUGUAUCAAACUGCAACUACGCCAUGGCUAUUGCAAUCAUUUUUCAACUGUUUUACACGUUGUAUCAGAUUGUUGUUUUGCUGCUUUUGAAAUUUGGAAAAUUCACAACUGAAAUGUUUUUGUUUUCCAAUGUGAUGGAGCUUGUUUACUUCUGCAUUGAUGUUGUUGCCUUCAUACUCACCUUCAUUGCUGCCUGCAUCCUCUCAGCUGGCCACAAUGACACCUGUGGUGGGAGAUAUUCCUGUGAAAAGUUUGAAAGUGCCUCUAGGGCUGCUCAGGCUGGAGGCUGGAUCAGCACGAUACUUUGGCUGGUACUUUGUAUCCUGGUGUUGCUCUAUAUGCUGAGGUCUGGCAAGAUUCCUUUCAUUACUGUAAGGGCCACAACCACCACCACAACAACCACCAGCCAAUCAGGUGGAGCCUUCCCUGCGGAAACAUCACCAAAUAAUCCAGAGGAGCCUCGAUAUUAGUUGACUGAAACAUCACCAAAAAUCCAGAGGAGCCUAGAUAUUAGUUGACUGAAACAUCACCAAAAAUCCAGAGAGCCUAGAUAUUAGUUGACUGAAACAUCACCAAAAAUCCAGAGGAGCCUAGAUAUUAGUUGACUGAAACAUCACCAAAAAUCCAGAGAGCCUAGAUAUUAGUUGACUGAAACAUCACCAAAAAUCUAGGAGCCUAGAUAUUAGUUGUCAACUUAUUUUUCUUAAUUGUAAUUGGAGUAUGUAGGUUUUAAAAUGUAUUGCCUUAAGGGACAUAAUUCAACAUUAAUUCAAUGAAAGAUAUUUUAUUUAUUUACUUGAAGAUAAAUUGAAGCUCAUAAUA